ACUAUUUACCUCGAGCUAUUUGUCUCUGGGAUGGCUUGUUUAAGCGGGACACUCCUCGGGCCGCUGAAUGCGAUAAGGACGACUAUCAGGCCACUGAGGUAUCCGAGGAGGAGCGGGGCUGGAGCCGCCCGAAGCACGCAGGAAUGUGGAGGCUGCCAUUGUCAUGGAAACCGUGGUCCUUGAGAUAACGUACUGGUUUCUGGUGUUGAUCAGGGCUUGCGCGAACAGUCCGUAUGUGCACGCAUCGGACCGUGCCCUAUAAAACCGUGGAGACAAGCCGUGGGGUGCACCCACCGCCGAGGGGCUGAAGGCUGAGGACCAACGGGACGCCGCUGGAUCCACGGUGGUGAAGACUCUGGAGCCUGCCUGAAGGAACAUGUGAAGCUGUUGAUUGUCUGUGUGGUUUUGUCGGUGAUUCUUUUGUUAAUAUUUAUAGGAUGUUUGGCAUACCACCGCAGAUGUUGUUUUGGUCAGCCCUUGUUGCUGCCUUUAAUAUUUGGGGGAACUCUUGCGCCCCCCCCCCCCUUUUUGACUUGUCAUGGCAAAAUGAAUUUAUUGUUUUAGGCCAGCAAGUGGCCAACACUUUUAAUCUGACUAACUGUUGGGUAUGUGGUGGGCCCUUAGGUUUGGAAAGCUGGCCACGGACUGCUGUCCCUAUUUCCCCGAAAUGGUUAGCGAGUAAUUACAGUGAGGUCAAAAAGGAUUCUUAUUGCGGUGAAGACACACAGCCCUGGGCAAUACAAUACCCAGUCCAAGGCGAAUAUUGCUUGAACUGAACACAGAAAGAUGGUGUCCCUGUAGGAAAUAGCAAGUGCAACUGGACCUAUACUUACGGCAGCCAUUGCCUCACUGAUGGCUGUAGACCAGUUGAUUGUUCAAACCACGGGGCAACCGCAUCAUUGCCAGAAAAGGAUGACCAGGCAUAUUGUUGCCUCUUGAGCUCCAGUUCUCCAAAUUUUGUACCUUGCUGGCCCAAAUGGGCUUGGGUGAAUCAAACAGGGCACAGAAAACAGUUUGCCGAUUUUUGGUCUUCCACUGAUCAGUCUAAUAACCGUCUUAAUGUUACCUGCUUUUGGCACCACGGUUCCGGUGCCUGGAAAUGCAAAUUCACUGAUAAAACAUAUUCUCAGCUCCCUGACGGGACUCAAAUUUGGUGGUCAAGUGAUAAUAAAGACCACUGUCAGGGACAUUUGAGCAUAGGUCCGGAUGGACUUCCUAUCUGUUGGGGCACCACGGAGGAGGUAGGAAAAACCGUGGACAGGUUGUUGAUGAACAGUCCAUCACAUCAUCCUCUAGGAGUAGGUAAUACAACAUAUUUCCAGUCACCACAGACACCCACCCGUUUGUUUGAAAAUGGUACCCUAGCCUUAAAGGGCCACUAUUGGGUGUGUGGCCAACAUGCCUACAAACUGUUACCAGCAAAUUGGACUGGAGUGUGUUAUGUGGGGGUAAUUUGCCCCUUGUUUUUUCUGCUCCCGGAGGAUGAAGGUGACAGACUGGGUGUUAAGGUAUAUGAUGAUCUCAGUGGAUAUCGGCAGUCCACUGAUAGUUCCAUAGCAGGUGGAAGUGGUCAAACCUGGGGCAAAGAUGAGUGGACCGCUCAACAUAUCAUACAACAUUAUGGACCUGCCACCUGGAACCCCAACGAGUGGGUUAGCAGUGCUCGAGAACCUAUCUAUAAUUUAAAUUGCAUCAUUUGGUUACAAGCCAUUCUAGAGAUCAUUACUAAUGAGACAGCCCAUGCCCUUGAUCUAUUGGUGGAUCAAGCCACACAAAUGCAAACAGCAAUAUUACAGCAUCGCAUGGUUCUCGAUUACCUGCUAGCCAAAGAAGGAGUUGUUUGUGGUAAACUAAAUGAUUCUAACUGUUGCUUAAAAAUUGAUGACAGCGGGAAAAUUGUUAAACAAAUUACCAUGGGAAUAAAAAAGCUGGCCCAUGUUCCUGUCCAGACAUGGAAAGGCUGGUACAUUGAUAUGUUUUCCUGGCUCCCUGGUGGUCUAUGGGUUAAGCGAAUCCUAUUCUACUUGUUAUGUGGUUUUGCCAUGUUGUUGUUUUUACCAUGUAUCAUUCCAUGUUUUAUACAAUUGACUCAACCUGUUGUAACUAAUAUGCAAUUUGUAACUACUGUUUCACCUGACGGUGUUAAACAAAUUCGCGCUGUGCGUCAAACCAUGCCAUUGGUAGUAUGGAUUGUAUGAAAUGCUCUUUUCUGGCCUUUUCUACAUAACUAUCUUUUCUCAAAACCACCAUGGGACCUGAAGCAAUCUUUGAACCAUGGGGUGGUGUGAGAGACUGAACUGUGAACUAUUUAUCUCGAGCCAUUUGUCUCUGGGAUGGCUUGUUUAAGCAGGACACUCCUCGGGCCGCUGAAUGCGAUAAGGACGACUAUCAGGCCACUGAGGUAUCCGAGGAGGAGCGGGGCUGGAGCCGCCCGAAGCACGCAGGAAUGCGGAGGCUGCCAUUGUCAUGGAAACCGUGGUCCUUGAGAUAACGUACUGGUUUCUGGUGUUGAUCACGUGAAGGUUGUGUGAUAGAUGAAACCUACAGUGUGUGAACAGUACGUAUGUGCAUGCAUCGGACCGUGCCCUAUGAAAAACUAUGGAGACAAGCUGUGGGGUGCACCCGCCACCGAAGAGCUGAAGGCUGAGGACCAAGAGGACGCUGCUGGAUCCAUGGUGGUGACUAUUCUUGCAACCUUAUCCCGAGUGCUUGCUUGAUUUCUGCCUUUUUCUUCCAUUCUAUCCUAUCGCUAUUAUUUUCUACUUUUGAUAAUAAAAGCUGG